UAGAAAACACACAACAAACCUGUGAUUCCAGCCAUGAAAGCCUUUGACAACACAGAUUCUUUCUUAUUUCUUCAAGCUUAUCAACUAAACAUGUCAAGACCUAACAUUUUAAUGAACAUGAUAGAUGAUCUUGGGGGUGGCAGUCUGGAUGCUCUGAGAAUAAAACCAUUAGGGUGUGUGUGUGUGUGUGUGUGUAUCAACCUUGAAAACAAUUUUGAAAGAGAGCACGGAAAUAUAUAUAUGGUUUCCUUUGGAAAGGGUAAGUGUAUUGGGGAGGGUUCAGUAUUCAUUGCUGUGAUUCUCCGGAAGUUUUUUUUUUUUUUUAAUUAUUAUGCCAGCCAAUUUUCUGGCAACAUUUUAUUAAUCUCUCUGUGGAUUUCUUUUUAAUUCUGGUUUCUUUUCAGAUCGUAUAAACAUAUUUUGUCAUUUAGUUGCUUCCAAUUCUUCAUGACCUCAUGGACCAGCCCAUGCCAGAGCUCCCCGUCGGCAGUGGCCACCCCCAGCUCCUUCAAGGACAAGCCAGUCAUUUCAAGGAUACUAUCCAUCCAUCUUGCUCUUGGUCAGCUCCUCUUCCUUUUCCUUUUCCUUUUCCCCAGCAUCAUUAUCUUCCUCUAAGCUUUCCUGUCUUCUCAUUAUGUGGCCAAAGUACUUCAUCUUUGCCUCUAAUAUACUGAAACAAUAUAUUCCCUCUAUUACCACCAACCACUUUUUAUCACUGUUGAAAGUGUAAAAGUUACAACAACAAUGAUAAAUAAUUGCAGCAGAUAUAAUUCAAUUAGCCUCGAGAACAAGUAGCCUAUUCGCUAUAACCUAUGCUAAAUGCUCAGUGUGCAGCACAAGACAAGUCACAUGUUUUUUGUUUAUCUUUGCAAUAGGAAUGCAGCCUCAAUUUGGAUUGCUAGCAGUAGGAUAAAACCCCAAACCCUUCCCCACCUAGUUUUUAUUUAAAAUUUAGGGAUGCCACACAUUGGAAUUUUAAAGUAAUGAGAAAAUAUUCCAUUAGUUGCAGUAAAGUAUGUAAAGUAGAAAACAGAUCAGUGGAAGGGUUACUGAUUCAGAAAUGGAUGAGUCUGCAUCUUGAGUACAAAAUGCUUACAUUGCACAAUACAUAACAUGGGUUUGAAGUGAAACAGUUCUUAAAGUGAUUGAAUAAAAGAGCAUGAGAAACCAGGGAAAGUUGAUUGAAUAGGUGAAAUAACAUGAUUAGUACAGCAUAGUGAGCAUUCAAAGGAAGGACUUUGUACGACACGGUUUAGGAUUUCCUGUCAAUUUUUAACCAGAAUAUUGUCACUCAACUUAUGUGGAAAACAGAAAGCAUUCAAAAAUGUAGGGAAAACUUUAAAGCUGUUACUUUUAAACAACCAAUUACCAAUUAUGCUUAAUAGGUUGAAGUGUGGGGCUCUCAGAUGCAGCCUAGCUACUGUGCUAGUUUCCUUCUUUCUUCAAUCAUAUGGAUUGAGUGUCUCAAGACCCAAUAUUUUAUUGAUAAUGGCAGAUGAUCUUGGGUAUGGUGAUUUAGGAUGCUUUGGAAAUGAUACCAUCAGGACCCCGAAUAUCGACCAGCUUGCAAAGGAAGGAGUGAAACUUACUCAGCACAUUGCAGCAGCUCCACUUUGUACUCCAAGCAGAGCAGCUUUUCUGACUGGCAGAUAUCCCAUCAGAUCAGGCAUGUCAGCCAGAACUGAGCCCCGAGUCUUCAUCCGAACUGGGAGUUCAGGUGGUCUCCCUCCAAAUGAAACAACAUUUGCUAAGUUACUACAGCAGCAAGGCUAUACAACUGGUCUUAUAGGAAAGUGGCACCAGGGUGUGAGCUGCAAAUCCCGCAAUGAUCAUUGCCACCAUCCUUUGAAUCAUGGCUUUGAUUACUUCUAUGGCACCCCUUUAUCAUUUCUGAAUGAAUGUCAGUCUGGCAAGGAUUCUGAGAUAAGUCAACAAUUACGAGCUGCGUGUUGGUCUUAUACACAUCUGAUUUCCCUCUUGGUGUUCACUCUUUUGCUGGGGAACAUUUCUGGCAUGACCUCUCUGAAAUGGAAAGCAAUUGCCUUUGUUGCUGUGUGUGGCAUUUUGUUUUUUAUCACCUGGUUUUCCUGUUAUGGAUUUUCAAGAUACUGGGACUGUAUCUUGAUGAAAGAACACAUCGUUACUGAACAACCAAUAAAAGCAGAGAAUGUAACCUUCAAGAUACUGAAGGAGGCUAUCUCGUUUAUUGAAAGAAACAAACAAGGACUAUUCCUCCUCUUCGUUUCUUUCUUACAUGUCCACACUCCAUGCUACACUACAGAGCUAUUUAAUGGAAAAAGUAGGCAUGGUUUAUAUGGAGACAAUGUGGAGGAAAUGGAUUGGAUGGUGGGAAAAAUACUUACUGCCAUUGACAAAGAGGGCUUACGGGACAACACUUUUGUUUACUUUACUUCUGACAACGGAGGAUCUUUGGAGCUCAGAGAAGGGAGCACUCAGUGUGGUGGCUGGAACAGUAUAUACAAAGGUGGGAAAGGCAUGGGAGGCUGGGAAGGAGGAAUCCAUGUACCUGGAAUAGUUAGAUGGCCAGGAAUGAUCCCUGUCAAUAUUUCCAUUGAUGAACCCAUAAGUCUGAUGGAUAUUUAUCCCACAGUGGUGCACCUAGCCGGGGCAUCAGUACCACAGGACAGAGUAAUUGAUGGCAAAAACCAGAUAGCUCUACUUCAGGGAGAAGUGAAACACUCAGAGCAUGAAUUCUUGUUUCAUUAUUGUGGAGCAUACUUGCAUGCAGUGCGCUGGUACCAGAAAGAGAGUGGUGCUCUCUGGAAAGUUCAUUAUGUGACUCCCAAAUUUCAUCCGGAGGGGGCCAGUGCCUGUUAUAACAGAAAAAUCUGCCCAUGUUUUGGAGAUGGUGUUACCCAUCACAACCCUCCCUUGCUUUUUGACCUCUCACGUGACCCUUCUGAAGCCAAUCCCUUGUCACCGACAACUGAGCCACUGUUUAACACGAUUCUCAGUCACACUGAAAGAGCUAUAAGAGAACAUAAAAAAACACUCACUCCUGUCCCAGAACAGCUUGAUAUAUAUAAUAUUAUAUGGAAGCCAUGGCUCCAGCCAUGUUGUGGAGCAUUCCCUUUCUGUUGGUGUGAUGAUGAAACAGAUAGCAAUGCCAUAAAUAUUCAGAUAUAGAUUGCCAGUGCAACUGUUUUAUCUCCUAUGUCAAACAUUCAUGCUGUUAUGUUUGCUGCAUGCCUUCAAGCAAUUUCUGACUUAUGCCAAUCCUAAGGCAAACAUAUCAUGGAGUUUUUUUGGUAAGAUAUGAUAACAGUAGAUUUGUGUUUGCAUCUUCUGAGGCCGAGUGUGACUUGGCCAAGAUCAUCCAGUGGGUUUUCCUCACUCUAGAGAUUUGAACCAUGAUCUCAAAAGUUGCAGUCCAAUGUUCAAACAACUGCACAACUCUGGCUCUCUCCUUUCAUUCUUCUGACAAUGAAUUGAGGUGCAUACACAGCUCCUUGAUAUAUGAAUGGGAAAACCUAAAUAAAAAAAUCUGUUUGUGUUGAAAAUGUAUUGUAAAAGUGAUGCUUUUAACAGGUGAAAGCUGACAUUGUUUAGGGCUAGCUCUGAAGAAAACUAGGUUAAAAUGCUCCAUGGCUGGCCUUGGGUAAUUCCCUAUUUUCCUAUCUUACAUUACUAUCCUUGUUGUAAUAAUAAAAUGUUGAAGGAAGACCAUGAA